CUUAGGAGGGGCUGCAUUGCAGGGGGAGGCUGAGCAGACUGACUCAGUCACCGAACAGGGAGGGAGUGAGAAGACAAAGCCGUCAAAGCCCCAACAGCUUUCUUGUUCUCCAGCCCAGAGCAGACGUCGGAGCCCCCGAAGUACUCCCUCCAUCUUUGGAACAAGCUAAUAAUUCACUGAUAACAGGAAGUUAUGAGGGACCCUGUGAGUAGCCAGUACAGCUCCUUUCUUUUCUGGAGGAUGCCCAUUCCAGAACUGGAUCUGUCGGAGCUGGAAGGCCUGGGUCUGUCAGAUACGUCCACCUACAAGAUCAAGGACAGCAGCGUUGGCAAAACGACGGGGCAAGCAGCCGGAGCACAGCAGGAGAAGAACCCUGAAGGCGAUGCCCUCCUCGAGUACAGCACCUUCAACUUCUGGAGAGCUCCCAUUGCCAGCAUCCACUCCUUUGAAUUGGACUUGCUCUAAGCCCAAGACCUCUCUCCCACCACCUUGCCCUCCUUUCCUGCCCUUUCAAGCCCCUCCUUUCCACCCUUUUACCCUAUCAGUAUUGCUCUCUCCCCUCUAUUGUGUUGAGGUGGUGCUGAUGAAUCUGCCAGAGUUGUGAUUUAUUUAUUUAUUUAUUUAUUUAUUUAAUUUAUCUACCUAUUUUUCUUUCAUAUCAGUUUCUCUCAAAAACCAUCAAGCCACAAAGUAAAGGGUUCAAGCAAUGGAGUAUUGGGUCACAGGGGUUCCUUUCCUCCCCCCAGAUAUUAAUUCCAGAAAACAGGUCCGAGGAGGGCACCAGAGAGUAGUAUGGAGUGCAAAAUGGAGGACUGAUUUUUUUUUUUACUUCAUUUUAAUCAGCUUCAGAGAUUGCUCAAACCUUCCUAAUUUCUUGCUCCAGGCCAGUAAACACAAAUAUUUCUUCAAGGGUUGAUGAAAACCCUGUAAGUUUUAGUUUGAGAUUAUCUGCUAUAAGACUGUAGGAUCUCUAAAAGGCUAAGGCGAUCCUGCUCCUUCUUGUAAUACACUCUUUUUCUCAGAGAAAUUGGGGAUAAAGGUUUAAAACAAGGGGAAAUAAUACAUCUUGGGAGAUGACAAUAGGGGAAAGCACUGAAUCAUUUCAGAAAUAGCUAUGCUCUCUCAAAAGGGUUUUUCCUUCUUCAAGCUUACUUUACAAUUUUGCUCCUGUGGGCUGAAAACUCUAGCUGAGGGAAAACCACUGGGAUUUCAAAUCUUAAGAGGCAAUCCUGCUAACUAUUAUGAUAAUUUGUAGGGUUUUAUUCAGUUUCUAAAAGGCGUAGUAGGGUUUGGUCCUUAGUAUUUGAGUUUUGCCCUCCUGCAUUUGCAAUGUAGAAUAAUGAUCAAAUGGGCCUCAGGCACAGUUCUUCAGCUACCUUGAUACCAUGAAAUGAACAAUCAACUCUGACCCUACACCUUGUCUCCAUUCCUUCCGAAAUUAUUGCUGCUGAUUUGUGCUGCCACUUAAUCACUUCUUUAAUAAAGACAUUCAAUCCCAGGA